AUCCACUUUGGCAGUCUUCAAUUCCAUCUACCGCCAACCUUUCCAUUUUCUGAUCAUCACUCCCUUCAAUCUCCAGUACUCCGCCCUUAGCUUAUUGCUAUAUAUAUUCAUUCAAACCAGCCUCUUUUUAUAUUAUCAUUAUUUUCAUUUAAAGUCCUGUCCACCAUGGUUUCAUUUCACUCAUCUUUAUCACCUCAUCAGUUGUUGGGAAGACGAUCCAAAAAUCUCCAGAACCCAGACUUCUUCGAAAUGAGUUUACCAAAAAAGAGGAAAAGGUUAGCAGAAGAAGUAUCCGAAAGGUCACAAACCCGAAUCAUCAAUUCUCUUCUUGGAAUUGAACUUCCCCUCUUGGCUCCCCUUCCCUUGGAAUGGCAGAGAUGUCUCGACAUUAAGUCCGGGCAGGUAUACUUCUACAACACAAGAACCAAGGAGAAGACAACAACGGAUCCACGGAUAAGUAGUCCGCCGGAAGAGUCACCGGCUCCAGCAAGCUUGGACCUGGAACUAAACCUAUUAUGCGGAGGAGGGUCAUCCGAGGAACAACACCACGUCGGCGACAAUUUCACGGAGACCAAAGUUACUCCCAAAAACCCUACUUGUAAUAAUAAGUUUACCAACGAUCGGUUGACCAGUUCCGAUGAAGGUGCCGGCAGUAAGAAGAGAAGUGAAGGGUUUUUAAGUCUAUCCCGGUCUCCAUCGUGGUUGAUGUUCGACGACGGAGAUCAAGAGGAGAUGGUGACGGCGGUGUGCGACAAGUGUCACAUGUUGGUGAUGGUUUGUAAGGCUACCCCGACAUGUCCGAAUUGCAAGUUUGUAAACCACCCUGCUAGUUCUCAUCAUCGGUGGCCAAUAAAGUCCGUCCUUCUGAAUUAGUUCAUUGAUGUAUAUACUUUCUUUUAAUGCUUAAUUAUGAAGUGGCAGAGAAGACUACAAACUUCCGAUGAUCCGAUCCUAAGGUGUAAUUUCGAUCAUGAUUCAUGAAUCACGCUAUUUGAAAUUAUGAUUUCGAUCGUUGAAUCUGUCUUUAAUUGAAGAAUUCUCAGGUCUUGUUGUAAUGACAAUACAUUAGAUUGGUACUUCAAGUUAGUAUUAUGUGGUGGAGAGUUGUGGAGAGUAGAGAGAAAUGUGUAAGAAAUGUUGUGAACCAUAAAUUCUUUACUAAAAAGGGAAAUUGGAAGUUUUA